CGCCCGUUAAUUCCACUGCAGCCCAGCGCACUCUUUCAUUCCUCAUUCUCGUUUCCUCAUGCAAGCCAUCCGCCUGGCGCGUCCUAGAGUAUGCCUUCGCCGCCUGGCGACAACCGCCAGCCCAUCCGCGCAUGUUGCAGCUGCCACGUCCUCAGCACCUUCCGUCGUCCCGCUCUCCAACGUCGAGGCUCAAUGGGAGAAGUUGAGCAAAGGGGAGCAGCUCACAGUCCACCAACAGCUUGAAGAGCUGCAAAAGAAGGAUUGGAAAACACUGUCUACUGAUGAAAAGAAGGCCGCAUACUACGUAGCUUUCGGUCCACAUGGUCCACGAGCUCCUGUUAGUCCACCUGGCGACGGUCUCAAAAUCGCAGUGUACACCCUCGGACUGGUUGGUGUCGCUGGUUUAAUAUUUGCUACAACUAGAUCUCUGGCUGGACCUGCACCCAAGACUCUGACAAAAGAAUGGGAGGAGGCCAGCAACGAGCGCGCACGGGAGCAAAAAAUGAACCCCAUUUCAGGCAUUACAUCGGAAGGCUACUCUGGGAAGGGAUUCGUUACGCACAAAUAAUAAACUCUAUUUUUAUUGUUCCGUUCCUCUGCUGGCUUCUUCACUCGUUGUCAGGAGGAAUGCUUUGUCCGUCUGUUCUUUGUGCUCCAUGUUAUGAAGACAGAUAUUCCCUUUCAUAUAUUGUAGAGUGCAUCACGUUCUUUGCGUGUGCUCAGGACGAACAGGAUAUCAUGUGCGUCCCAUGAUGGUGUGGGGUGAAAUACAAAAUAUAUUUGACUAAAGAACUAA